GAGAAAAGAGGAGACUGCUGCUGGUUAUUCAACAUUCUGCUUCUCUGACAGUUUAUGUGACUGUUUCAGGCUGAGCUGAACUUUUUAAUAUUUUUUUAAAGUCACCUGUGAGUUGUCAUGAUGUUGGACGCAGAAACACCGCAAGACAUUUUUACCAACAACUCAGAGACGAACACGACCAGAGCUCAGGACUGGACUGAUGUAUAUGAAGCUGUGAGGUGGAUUCAACUCAUCAUGGCUCUUCUCAGUGUUUUGGGUUCAGGGUCUAUUAUCGUCUGUGUGAUGCUACAGAGACUGAGCCGAACGCCAGAGCUGCAGCCUCUGUUUCUCCUCAGUGUGUCUGACCUAUUGCUUGCUCUCUGUUGGUUAAUCGGGGCUGCUCUAUAUUCUGAACGCUGCAACAUCCUCAACACUCUAUGCUACCACCUGCACAUCAUCGAAGAGAUCUUGUACAUGGCCUCAUUCUUCUACACUCUGAACUACGUGUGGAACCUGUUCACGUGCAUCAGAGAGAAAUACAUCACCUGUAUGACCGGAUAUCCAGGACGGUUUUCUAACAGAGUGAGUACUGCAGGAAAAAUCACUGCACUGCUGUCGUGUCUAUUCCCUGUUCUGCUGAUGACUCCGGUGUUUGCUGUAGCUGACAUCAGCCGCUGUCAGGCCAACUUCAGUGAACCCUACAGGUGUCUGCUCAUGCACACCGGAGCUGUGUUUUCAGUCUCACACCACCAUCGGCAAGUUGGACCCUGCAGCGCCAUUCGCACCUACUGCAUCUCCAUCUUCCUCACGUCCUUCCUCCUCACCCUCAUUGGCAUCAUGGUGCUAAUGGGAAAAGCCCGUCGAAUCUACCGUCGGGUUGUGAGCUGUAACGGUUACCUGGGCAACCAGCAGCGGGCAUCCUUCCGUGUGAUGGACUGGAGGAUGAUUUUGUACCCAGUGAUCUUCAUCUUCUGCUGGGGCCCAGCUGUGGUUCUGGCCGUUCUGUUGUUGGUGGCGCCCUCUGGAAGUCAUGGUAAAAUCGGAGUCACCCUCUACAUACUACAGGCCUUAACGUCAGCGUCUCAGGGUUUCCUGAAUUGUUUGGUGUACGGAUGGACACGAGGUAGUCUCCGUGGUGUCAGUCGGACCGUUUUAUGUCGAGACACGGACACGCAAACACCUCUGCUGAGGUCGCAGAAGACCAGAGGCUACCAAAGUACACGCACCACUGGCUGAACAAAAACAGGAAAAAAUAAAAACACCUGAGAAAGCGAAAGUGAGGAGGGAAAGUCAGAGGGGAAACACCAUGGAGGCCAAUCCUGAAGCGCUGAGGUGACUGAAAAGGGAAGAAGAAGAAGAGGGGGGAGUUUACACCAAGAGGAAGAACAAUAACAAAACAGGAUGUGAAAAGACAAAACCUCACAGGUGGUUUGACUUGAAUUUAUAGAGAACAUCACAUGACCUUUGAAAGAGAUGCUCCUAAAAGAAUGGAUUGUAUUUUCAUCAUGUUUGGUCCAAAAAGAAUGUUUCAACCAGCACUGAUGUCACCUGUUCAGUCUGUGGGCCAAUCAGAAGGCCGUAAAUAAUGUUUUAUAUGCAUUAGAUGCUCAUCACGAAACAGGUCUGCUUCUGCUUUCUAAAGCUCCUUUUAUUUUUAUAUUAACUUAACAUGAGACCUGCAGCUUCAAACAAUUCCACUGGAAGAAUAAAAGGAUCAUAACUGAAAUAAAUGCAAGUUUUCUUUUUUCCCCCACUCAAUAAAGAUGCUUUUUCAAGAA